CAAAUGGUUUCGAGACUCGUUCCUCGAAAUAGCAGCUUCUAUACUUGGUCCGACGCGAGGUUGCCGAUUUUUCCAUUUCUCUGGCUCCUCCUUUUCUCUCCAACUUGUCCAGGAACCUCUUUGCUGUCAUCAUUCGCCGCCGGCGUGUCUAAUCGCCGACGAAGAUAUUGAAGACUCAAAAUCUAACAGUGGGCAAUCAUCAAGAAAACAUAUUUACCCAUUGAAUUUGAAAUAAAAGACGAUUGCUUACUCGAGCUCACCAAACACAAACUCUAGGGUUUCUAAUGGCAGGCUAUGGAAAUGCUGCCCCCUACAGAUCAAGGGAGGGUCUUAACCCAAGACCAGCGGCUAACAUGGACGAAAUCCAAUUGAGGAUUGAUCCAAUGCAUGCUGACUUGGAUGAAGACAUCAACGGCCUCCACAACCAAGUGAGAAGAUUGAGAAAUGUAGCUCAAGUUAUUGGUACGGAAGCUAAAUUCCAGAAUGAAUUUCUGGAUCAGCUGCAUAUGACGUUGUUGAAAGGUCAAGCAGGGUUGAAGAACAAUGUCAGGAGAUUGAACAGAAGCAUCGUCCGGAGUGGAUCAAACCAUGUUGUCCACGUAGUGGCUUUUGGACUACUUUGUUUCUUUGUGGUAUACUUUUGGUCCAAACUGUUCAGAUGAAGAUCAGAUACUUCGGAUACUUCAUGCCUUACAGACAUCUGUGUUUUAAGGCUAAAAGAGGUUUCAUCGACAACACAAAUACUUGUUUCAUUGUAAAGCUAUCGUCGUGUUCAUGUUCACUAAACAAGUUGAACAUCUUAACAAUCUUGGUUCGAGUUUCUCAAAGGAUUGUGCUUAGAGCGUCAUUGUGCAACAACCCCACUAAUCAUGUAAGCAGUAUGUGGCAUUUGUUUUUUAUCUUGGUCUCUCUAUACCAUAUUCAAUUUUUGUGUGGAGAAUGAAACGAUGCGAUUCUUCUCGUCAAAAGUUUGUUACAGAUUAUAUGGUUACAAAAUAGUGAAAUCUUUCGGCUUGUUUGUUGGUAAA